CUGUGUGGCAGUGGGAACUACACAGCAGAGAUGAGUCUGAACCUGGGGAGAGGUGUAGAGCCUGGUGAUGUUGUGCCUGCCAUGGGCAACCUCAGAGUGGUCAUCAACUUGAAGACAAACAACAGUCGGAUAAACCUUGAUGUCACCUCAUGUUGCCUGUCUCCAACCAUCCAGCCUGACCUCAACAACUCCACCUGCUGCCUUUUCUCCAGGUUAGCAGCGGAACCAGCGGGGAUCACACUGCUGCCCAGUGCCCUGUCAACCAGUGCCAGCUUCACCAUCAGUCUGUUCCAAAUGAUUAAUUACUCAGUAGUGUACCUACACUGCGAUCUCAGUGUCUGCCUGAGGAACGGCUCUGACUGUGAAAGGGUAAGGAUGCAGUGGGUGCAGUGUAAUGAUAGUGAGAGGAUAAGAGAAUGA